AUGUGCUUCAAUCAGGGCUUUUCUUUCGUUGCAUCUCAGUCGCCAUCUCUAAAUGGUGAUUUUGAUGUGGACAUGGAAGACCCUGAUUUUCCCACAAGUCUUGGUGAGGAUAUGAAAGAGUAUGCAGACGACGAGGGAUGUGCCCAUGAGGCUGAGUCCUUCAAUCAUCAACCUUUUGUCGACCAGGAGGUGCUUGUUGAAACCAUGCAUCUUUUCAGCGUCAAUGUCAAGAUCUCCGAGCAACGUGUCGAAGUCCUCUUUGACGAGAUCCUCCAGCGAGACGCAGACCGUCAACCUCUGGUCGUGGCAGUGCAGGAUCUCUGGUCGCAAACAGGACUUCAUACGACUGCCCGAGAAGCCUCUCAAGUCAACAGCAUUGAACUUGCAUGCCAUGCUAUCUGUGCAGCCUCGACUUCCCUCGACAAGGUCUCGGAUGCUAUGCAAGACUUCACAGGUGCCCCAGCCGAAAUUGAAGAAGCUCUCUUCGAUAUCGUCCAAUCCCUCUCUUCUGCCCACCGUUCCCUCGUUGCCACUCAUGAUUCUUUCGCCGAGGCUCCGGAAACUCUUUCCGUCGCCAUAAAAAGUAUCGAGGAUGCUCAGGGAGACGUUUCCAGGGCCCAGGAUGCUGUUCCACAGAUCCAAGGUAUCCUAUUCACUGCUCUGGAAGAGCUCUCGAGUCCUCUCCGCGUCCUUUCGGGUGUUCGGAAGGGCUUUUCUGGUGAGAACGACCAGCAGAGUCAUUCCCGGGAUCGAAUUCGCGGCGUGGGCUUCUAUGUUCAUUCAUCCCUUCGGACUGAUCAGUGGAGAGUCCGGUCUUAUCCCGGUGAUAACGAGGAUAUCUUUGCCACUCUUGAGCUGAUUACCCCGUCGGGGCUGCUUGCCAUUCACAACACCUACAACCACAACAAUCGGCUGGACGUCCCGGCACUGCUUCAAUAUCUGACAUCUUACGAGAAGUGCGACAUGGUCUUACUUGGCAACUUCAACUAUCACCACGAAACUUGGAGCAUCAAGAUGAAUGGCGUGGUUACUCAGACGAUUAUGCCGGAAUCCAGGAUGUUUGCAGCCGGUGUUAAAGGACUUGGCCUCGUCCUACAAACGACACCUGGGGAAAUCACCUUCUCACGCUCUCAGAACACUGAUCAAUGCCGCUCCACGAUCGAUCUGACGUUUGCGAGCCGAAAACUCGUCCCAUCGGUACUCUCUUGCAAGGCUUUGCAGGUUCCUGGCUUCGUCAGCGAUCACCGCGUUAUCGAGACUGUUCUGCGACGACGGGUCAGCACUCACGUCAAAGUUAUACCUCAAUGGCAGGAAGUUGAUUCCAAAGACUUUCAGAGGAGUUUGGAACAGUCACUGCCCCCGCUCGAUGCUCCGCUCGACACCACCGACCAGAUGGAUGAGUACAUGACUCAAAUAAUGUAUGGUUUGUGGGAAGCAGAUCACGCCAACGUCCGAUUGAGCAUUCGUGAUUCCCAGCCACGGCGACUGAAGUACUUGGCCAAGCGUAUGCAGAAACACACCACCAGGUUGGACGCUCUGAAAGCAGGUCCCCAGAACGAUCAGUCACUGGCCCAAAUACGCAGGAUCAAACGCCAGGUGAGCAAACAUGACCAAGAGUUGUGGGAGAUGUUCACUGAGGACAAGUCUGCGACCACGAAGGGUGCCUACGAGCUUGCGGAUAUUUCGAAGAAGAUCCGCGAGCCGAACCAGAUCUCACAGACACCAACCCUCAGAAGUGGUGAUGAUGUCGCAGAAUCGGACAGCAAGAAGAUCGAGAUGGUCAAGAAGGAAAAGUUCCCCGGUAAUGACAAACCGUACUCCAAGAGCAUACCCGACGAGCCCCGUCCCCGGCCAACCAACGGCCGACCCGAGUUAUUUAUAUCGCAGGAUCUCACCGACGAGCAACUGAGACUGAUCAUUUCCAACCUCAAAAGGGGCAAGGCUCCCGGGCCUGAUCUCCUCCCCCACGAAGCAAUUCAGCUUGGUGGUGAAGUCCUGCGUUCUCGACUCCUCCGACUAUUCCGCUCUUGCUUACUCCACUCUCACUACCCCUCGCCUUUGAGAGACUCGAUUCUAGUCAUGGUGCGCAAAACCGGCAGACCGCUUGCUGAUCCCAAGUCUUGGCGGCCUAUCGCUCUGCUAUCUUCUUUGGGCAAGAUCCUUGAUAGAAUCUUGGCUGACAAGAUGCUUGAGGCAUUGAGGGCCCACCCGGAACUUCUACCGAGUCGUCAGUUUGGUGGUAGAUCUACUACAGAAGCGCUCCAGUACUUGCUCACCAUCAUCUACAAUACCUGGACCUUUCACCCUGGAAAUGUCGUUACUAUCUUCGGCCUUGACAUGAGCUCAGCCUUCGAUAGCGUCUUCCGCGCCCGGCUCCUACAGAAUCUAGUCGACAAGGGCUUUCCUCCAUGGUACGUGACCAUCGUCCGCAGCAUGCUCUCUAACCGAAUCGCCACAAUGCGCUUGCCUGGCAUUGUUUCCAAGCUCUUCGCGUUGAAUGCUGGGAUUCCUCAAGGCUCGCCAUCUUCGUCUCUUCUGUUCGGCCUUCAUUCUGCUCCUUUUCUGGAGGAGACGUCCACUGGUCUCCAGAAGGUAGAGGUUAAUGGACAGACUCACUGGGUAUACCUGUACGCAUUCGCCUUUGUCGACGAUAUCUAUCUUAUUGCAGUCUCCGAGAGCUACGAGAUCAACUGCAAAGGCAUUGAGAAGCUUCAAAGCUCAGUAGAGGCUGUUGCUGCGGAGCUGAAGGUCGGCUUUGGGCCUCACAAGUACAACCUCAUGCAUAUCAUUGGGCCAGAGCGGGAUCACCCUGAUACCGACUUCAGACCCAACAUCCCAGGGUUUGACGGGUCACCCCUACCAGAGCUGCGUAUCCUCGGUGUCAUGGUUGAUCAGAGGCUGGAUUGGCAAUGCCAUAUCAACGAUAUCGAGAAGAAGGUCAGGAAGCGGCUUGGCUAUCUGUCUACCAUCUCAAAACGAACGACGGGCCCGACAUUGCAGACCAUGCGGCUCUAUUACCUGACCAUGAUCCGGCCUGUGAUCACCUAUACCUGUGGCGCAUGGUUCCUCCGACAGCGUGGAGGCGACAAAGGGGACUGUCCCGUCAAGUAUGGGUUUACAGACAAUCAGAUCAAGCAACUGGUGUCACUGAACAAGGAAUGUCUGACGAGGGUUUCUGGUGCAGUCUUGGACACAGCAGCCGAGAUGAUGGAGAAGGAGUUGUUCGCUGAGAACAUCGUGACUGUACUUCACUCCCAAGCUUCUCAGCAACGGAUCCAGAGUCUCUUCUCCCACGACAUCAGAUGGAGGCACAUCGCGCGAGACGGGUGGGAAAAGAGCAGAGCGUCAGGGCCAAAGAAAUCGCGUAAGUUGACAGGGGACAAGGCACUGGGCCAGGCGCCAGGGGAUAAGGAAACGAGCUUGGCACCACGGAAAAAGAAGCCAUGCAAGGCGCCUAGGAACAAGACUCCAUACCAGGUUUUGGAUGCCGAGGCGACGAAGAUUUACGAAGCAGCCAAGAAGGGUCAUGAUCACAGAGCAAGAGUCAGCGAAAACCCAAACGUAUGGGAAAAGGCUAAGGAGCGAUGGGCAGAUCGCAAGAAGCGGCGCGAGAUCAUCAAGGCCCGGGUCAAGAAGAUGGACACUGAAGAGUGCGAGGUCAGAUGGAAAGCGUAUGUUCAGCAACGGAAAGACAAUAUGGUGUCUGGUGGUAGUAAUCCCAAGGACCUGAGACUGCCGGUAGCCUUGACCGAGGACUGGGGGAGGAAGAACCUUGAGUACUACUCGGGCCUGACUCGCGCCCAGAGCACGAUGUUAUUCGCAUGCAGGACUGAGCGCAUCGGCCUUCGGAAGUAUCUUCAUGACAUGCGCAUUCCUGGCUUCGAGUUCCCGACGUGUCCCUACGGACGUUCCCGAGAGACAGUGUUCCAUCUUCUUGUCGAAUGCCCCAGACUGCGUGAAGCGAGAAUCGGCCUGUUUCAGCAGCUAGGUCACAACGACUUCACGACACUCCUCACCAGGGACGCCAAAAUCGUCGCCGAAUGGGCCAUCUCUUACUUCGAUCUCGCAAUGUUUGACGCUGUCAGAAAAAGGUCCUCCCGAUUCCCCGUGUUUCCGCAUCCGAUUUCGCCCCGUCCGGAGGGCUUUCUCCAGACUCUCUCCGCUUCGGCUACAGAAAGACGCCAAAAACAUACCUCACGCACAUCACGUACCUCCAACAAUCCACGCCGUCGCUCUGUACCGCGCGCCUCGCAAGCGACGACUUCGAUGUCUCCUCAAAUGCCCCAGGUGCCCUCUUCGCCGCCCAGACGAAACCCGACGCGCUCAGCCCGCACACGACCUCUUACGAGUUAG